AUGACUGUAGGAGAGUAUGCUUCUAAGUUUGAGGAAUUGGAAAAAUAUUCUACUUUCUUUUAUCACCAGAAUGAGAGGAUGAAGUGUAUUAAAUUUGAGGAUGGACUUAGACCAGAAUUAAGAAAAGCUGUAGGGAUAUUAGAAAUAUCUGAUUUUCCCACAUUAAUACACAAGUGUCGAUUUUUGGAAGGUUUUGAUCAUAAUAAGGAUAAUAGACCAAAAUCUUUUGGCCCUCAGUUUAAUAAGAAAAGGAAUAAUGAAGGAAAACCUUAUGAUCGUCCACAAUGGAAACCCCAAUCUUCUCAAUUUGUAGGAAAUUCUAGUAAACCCAUGAAUAAUCAAGCUAAGUGUCUUAAGUGUGGACAAGGUCAUUAUACUAAGGACUGUGAUCUCAAAGGACCUGUUUGUUUCAAGUGUGGAAAGCCUGGUCAUGUGUUUUCUGAGUGUGCACAACCAAAGGCACAUGUGAAUACUUCUGGACCCAAACCGAGACCUCCUACGACUGGGAGAGUUUAUACCAUGACCGGAACUGAAGCUUCUUAA